GCGGCAUGGCAGUGAGGGGAACCGAAUGGGUAAUCAUUGGCUGUCGUAUAUUUCCUCAAUCGUAAGGUGACACGCUUUACCCCGCAAACCAUAUUAGAAUUAAGUUGUUGUUAGGCAGAUCGGCCCGCUCCGCGAAGAUAACUAAGGCCUGAGAAAACAACCUGUAUUAUGAAUUCGCGCUCAAAGAAAAAAGCCUCCUGCUGCAUUGCAGAUAUUGGAGCUUCCUGUCUCGCUCCAUUCUGAAUACGAUGAGUGACGAGUUGCUUCGUGUAUGGUGGCGGGGGUGCGCCAUUUUCUGAACCAACGUAGCCGAAGUCUCCUCGGCCCAUUGCUGCCUGAUACUUAAGCCAGCGGCCACACUAAAAGCAAUCAUACAGUUUCCCAGCCGUGUUGCACACUGCCACCGUUGAGCUGAGGUGGCUAGCUGUAAGGUGGCAGGACUUGUUCUGGACUGUCGAAUGUUCGAAGGAGGCCCGAGCGUUGGUCUGACCAAAUGCCCUUUUUCCGUCCUUGCAGCCUUAUGGAUCUUAGCAUUGUGGAGGCCGGCAAUGACUCUCACCUCCUCGUGGUGCCGGCUGGGAACCUGGGAAUGCCCUUUGCCCCCGGGGCAUUCGCAGAGCUAAGAAGAGUCAUCACCAACCAGCACUUGUCCGCUGGUUUGGGCGGUGGUGGCGCGAUAGGGCUCACGAGCCCUACCCCCCACAAGCAACAAGGGAAAACUUUAAAAACCACCCGAGACACGACCGCGAAAUCGAGCCUACAAACGAUGAACAUAUGGGUCGUGGAAGAGGACACCCUUGGGGUGCUUCUGGGCUGCUCUGUUAAAGGAUGCAAGUGGAUAAACUCCUGCGAGACACGGUCGGCCUCGCAAGAGAGAUCUUGCGAGGUAGCGCGAAACAGAAUUGACAAUCUGCGGGGCGCGGCAUAUAAUGGAAGCGACGGAAGGCUUGGCGGGCGGGCUGCAGUUACGACACUUUCUAUAUGGCCCGAGAGGACGGACGCGCGUGUCGGUCUACCGAGAGGACAGGAGCCUAAAGAUGGCCAUCGAGGAUGGGACUUUGGGUUGGCUGUGGAGGUGGGCUUAAGGAGCAAACUGGUAUUGACUUGCGAACCGGCAGUGCCCCGCGCAAAGAGCGGAACAGGAUCCAAGGGGAUGCAAGGUAGAGGGUCUAUGUAG